AUGGAGCCACAGUCGUUUUUGUGGGGUUGCAGAUACUGCAAAAAAACCUUCAAAAGUUUGAACGAUUGCAACAAGCACCAGGAGAGCCAUACGAAAACCAGCUCCCAUUGCUGCUCCAAGUGCCAAAAAACCUUUUCCUGUUCCAGCAAUUUAUCAAGACACAUGCGAACCCAUACCAACGAGCGUCCCUACGCUUGCUUCGUGUGCGCACGGGCUUUCACCAUAUCCAGUAAUUUGACGGUGCACAUGCGCACCCACACCAAGGAACAUCCCUACAACUGUUCCGUGUGCAAAAUGUCCUUCAGCCAAAAGGUGGUCCUCGCAAAGCACAUGAUGAUCCACACCGGCGAGCGUCCCUACGGCUGCUCGGUUUGCCCAAAAAAAUUUUGCACCACCUACAAUCUCUCGGUUCACAUGCGAAUCCACGCGGAUGAAAGGAAGUACAGCUGUCCCACGUGCUCGAUGACUUUUAACAGGAAGGAUCAUGCCGAGUCGCACAUGCGCACGCACACGGGCCGAAAGCCGCACGUAUGCUCUUUGUGCGGAAAUACGUUUGGUAGAAACGGUGAUUUAAAAAAGCACGUGCUCAUCCACUGGGGCAAGGCGUCCUUGAAAUGA